ACGCUCGGAUGACGUAAUCAACAUGCGACAUCCAGUGGCAGCGUGCAUUUAAUGGCGUGUGUAGUGAAUGACGCCAAACAAAUAAUAUACGCGUGAAAAAGAGCAACAACGGCUUUGGAAUGUAACAAUAUCGUGCUUUUUGCUUCUCGUAGAUGUGGCGUAAAGUGGACGAUAUCUGAACUACGGCGGUUUAUCAAGUCAAGCAGCGCAGGUGUCCAAAAUGGCCCUGAGUCGGCUUUGGAAAGUCUCAAGGUCAGAAAGAUGAGCACAAGGAGCUCUGAUAUUUCCUUUUUACCUUGAGAAUAAAGACCUGAGGUAGAAACACAAACUGGACCAUGGCCCUAAACCAGCAUUGUCUCAGGAAAAAGACCCAAACAAAUCCAGACUGACGUUGAUCAAUAUAUAACUUGAUGCCCUCGUGUGACCCUGCAUGGUCUCAAAACUAGCAGAUGUACUGGACGGGAAAGCACGGAAACAAAGUGAAGUACGCCAACUGCACGCAAGCCUCCAUGUCUUCAGUCAAGGGAGUUUCGCGUCUCUCCCGGCGGACAAAGAGACCUCUGUAUUGUAAAUUACAGAUGUGGAUGUGGAGGAAGCGACAACGGAAAUGCUGUUUUACCUUUUUUAGAGGCAACAGAUUAAUACGGGAGAGGCGCAACGGUCUGACCUGCCUCAACCCGGACAGAAAAUCACAGAAAAACGACGAGCAUCUUAACUUGUGUCCCUCCCCAAUUCUAGAAUGUUCUCAAGUGAAAACCACGGUGGAAUCCAAUCUUCAACGCGGUAGUGAAAGUUCAGAAGACGCGCUUAAAAAGCGGACUUCUGAGGUAAAAACAUGUAAAAUGUCGCAAACAUGCUCAUCCAAUUCUGUGGAGGAAAAUCAAUGCAACAAUACUUCAUCUUCACAUGGAACUCAACCUGCUGUAGAGAUGAAUGCAUUUGCAGAUACCAGAGAAUGGUUACUAACUCGGUUAGAUUCAUCGGGUAAAGAAAAAAACAACAUUUUUAGCGCUCAAAAGACUGUGGCAGACGACCAAAUGGGAGAAUGCACUGCUUCCCUUCUGGAUCCACACCUAAAUGCAGAUCAUAAGAUCUCUAGCAAGAACACAAUACACCCUCAAACAAAUGGUGGCCUCACAGUACUGGCAAACAGUAUCCAUGAUUAUCUUGGGGACUUUUUCAGAAUGUAUGGAACCUUCAUCCCACUUCAAGAGGAUGACGUGUUGAAUCACCUGAAGAGACUCUUUCACACAGAUUUCACUGAUGGGAAAACUUUCAUCUUGGAGGUUAUUAAACGCAGAUUGGCUGCAGUGCUGUGGAAACCUGCAUCUUCCUUCCGAGUGGUCUUUAAGAAACACAGUCUGACAUUGGAAGAUUUGUCCACACUAGCGCAUGAAAAUUGGCUCAACGACCAGGUCAUGAACAUGUAUGGGGAACUCAUUAUGGAAGCUUCUCAACACAAGGUCCAUUUUAUCAACAGCUUCUUCCAUCGACAACUCAUGACCAAAGGCUAUGAUGGCGUGAGGAGAUGGACAAAGCAGGUUGAUUUGUUCUCCAAGACUCUGCUGUUGGUGCCCGUCCACCUGGAAGUGCAUUGGUGUCUGGUUGUCGCAGACAUCGCCAGAAGGAAAAUCUGUCUCUUCGACUCUCAAGGGAAUGCACUGCGCAAAGUUGCACGGAAUAUCCUGAAGUACCUGAUAACCGAAGCAACUGUGAAACAACAGACAUCGUUUGUAAGUGAUUGGGCUGUGUCCUUAGAUGAGAAUGUCCCAAAGCAAACCAACGAAAAUGACUGCGGUGUUUUUGUUUUGGAGUAUUCCAGAUGCCUCGCCUUGGGCCAGCCACUCCAUUUCUCGCAGACAGACAUACCAAAGAUACGCAAGCGGAUCUACAAAGAACUCUGUGAAUGUAAGCUCCAUUGCUAGUAAUCUGUCACAAUGUAAGCUUAUGAUACUUUUCAUUUUUAGAUACCGUGUUUUCCGGACUAUAGAGCUAAAAGCUACUGAAUUGUAGGAAAACAUUUUUUUCAUAUAUAUUAGCCACACCAAAGAUAUAUACAUUGUGAAAUAAGUUAUUUACACACCGUAAUUGUUUCCAAACAUUGCCUGUAAAACGGCUGAUCAACCAUAACAGACUUGCGGGAAACUAGCUCUCCAAUCAGCGAAACAGACUCAAUAACUCCACAGUGACGUCUUGGUAAAUUUAUUGAGGAUUUUGUGACACUGGAAGAAUACAAACAGAAUGCCAUUGCAAGGUAAUAAUGCCAACACAGACACUCGUAAACGUGUUAGCAUAUCAUCUAAUGCUAACAACGCUACCUUCAUUGCAUUACAAUGCAUGAAAACACUCUCACAGAUUUAGUAAGAAUGAAUUGUUAUAUUGCAAAACUUACAAACGUUGCUUGGAGUGAUAAAUGAGGAAUCCAUAUGAGUAGAAACGCUGUGGACGAUUAGAAGACAGAAUGCCACUUUUACUUCCGGUUCAAAGCUUCAAACAGCAGGAAACAUUUCAGGCAUUCACUCAACUACACCUGCAAUGAGUGAACUCAUCCAAAAGAUGAUGCCCUAGCAUAGGGGUAGGAAACCUAUGGCUCGAGAGCCAGAUGUGGCUCUUUUGAUGACUGAAUCUGGCUCUCAGAUGAAUCUUAGUGGACAUUGCUUAUUACGGUGAGUAAUGAAUAAUUCCGCUGGUAAUCACAGUGUCAAAAAUAACGUUCAAAAUAUAAAACAUUCUCAUGCAUUUUAAUCCACCCAUCCGGUUUCUACCGCACCUGUUCAAGAAGUCGCAUUAAUGGUAAGCAGUUUUUUAUUUAUUGUUGGUUAGCUUCAGAAUAACAAUGUUAUUAAAAAGAAGAGACUUAUUAUACUCUAAAAAUGUUGGUCUUACUUAAAAAUGCACGCAUUUAGUUGUAUUCAGUCUUAAAAAAAAUUAUAUGGCUCUCAUGGAAAUACUUUUAAAGAUAUUUGGCUUAUAUGGCUCUCUCAGCCAAAAAGGUUCCCGACCCCUCCACUAAUACAAAAAAAUACCACACCAUUUAAGUGUAUUUGCAAGUGUUUUAGGAAAGCUUUGCAUUAUGGCGAUCAGUGAACAAAAUCCAUAAAUUAGCUGCACCGUUUUAUAAGCCGCAGGAUUCAAAGUGUAGGAAAAAAAGUAGGCUCUUAUAGUCCGGAAAUUGCGGUAUUCAUCAUUCUACGCUGGUCAGUAGCAGGUGAACUGUGUGUAGCUUGUUACAGUAUACAUUUAUCAUGAUAAAUCCACUUAGUUGCCGUAUUUUAAUUCUCUAUAAAUGAUUGACAUGUUAUUUUGGGGAACGUGUCCUUUUCCUGUUUGACUUGACUGCAGAGUUACAGGGAAGAGUGCAAGAAACAAGCCUUAAUGAACUCACAACUGCCGGUUAAAAUGAGCCGCAGUAUUAUUAUUUUUUAUUGUUUAAAAUAACUGUAUAUUGUACAUUGCUGUCAUAGUUUGUUUAAAAAAAUAGUUACCUGCCAAUAGCAGAUGACACAAUAUAAGGUUUGUUUUGUCUGUGAAGAUAUCGAAAUUGAAUUGUUUCUCUUUGUAAUAUUUUGAAAUUGCAGAAGAGUUUAAGUAAUAAUAAAAAAACCAUAGGGGUUUA